AUGAAAUUUGGACAGGAUUUUGAGGCAGCGCUCUCGCGGGAGGAAUUUCCGCAAGAGUGGGUUGACUCUGCCAUAUCUUACAAGAAAUUGAAGAAGUGUAUCAAACGAGUCCAGCAAGAACUCCUCUCUCUUGGUCUUGACAAAGAGACUCUUGAUGCCUUGUGGCAACAUGUCAGUUCCGGUGACACCGAGGUUGGUGGUUCUCUGGGCGAACGACUCAUGCAGUACUCGGUCAAUGGCAGUGAGAAAGUCAGCUUUACGCCUAGAUUGACCAUUGUUGUCGACCCCCGCGAUGGCUCUCCCAUCGAUGCUUGGCUGGCGCCGGACACUCGUCGAGUUUUGCAACGCCUCGCCCGAAAUUCCAGAGGCUCAUCUGGGCCAACCCGGCGAGAUGACUCGUCACCAGCACAGCCAAGAUUGGCGGAAGGAUCACAUGAUGGUACAGCUCAAAAUUCCGAUGCGGACGUGAUGUCUGAAAAUGAUGAACUGAAACCUCAAACAAUUGAAAUACCUUUGACUUCAGACUCUGAGUUCUUUCAAAUACUAAAGCGCGAAUUGGCUGAUCUUGACCGGUUGCAAGACUCGGAGCAGAUCCAGAUACAGACGGAAAUCCUCAAGCUUGGCGCCCAAUUACGCGACUUGAAAUCAGAAAAGACCAAGCGCUCAAAGCAGGAAAUCGAGAUUUGGAGAAAGAUUUUCGAACUCUACGCCGAAGCCGAGAUUUUUAUGUCUUCCCACGAGGCCGAUGCCGGUGCCCGAGAUGCUGAGCAUGCACAACUGCAGUAUUCCAACUUCAACCAGGGUCUUCAGAAACAACAGAAGGAAGUGCGCAAGCUCGGAAAGGACGCCAACGCCGCGUUCGAACGCUUUCUAGGAAUUAACGCCAACCUCAUCCGACUUAUUAAAUUUCAGGAGAUCAACAAAACUGCACUCAACAAGAUCAUGAAGAAAUUCGACAAGCGCACGGCGUUGCACGCAAGAUCAACCGUGUCGGAUGCGUUGAUUAAGUCGCCUUUCAUGGCACAAAAUCUGGCCAAAGCGACCUGUUUCACAAUUUCUCAAGAAUUACUAAGCAUCAUCCCGCAAUUAAACGACUAUCUGUGUCCGGUAUGCUUCAGUAUUUCUUACAAGCCGAUCCGGCUCAGGUGUGGUCAUAUCUUCUGCAUAAGGUGUAUGGUGGUCAUGCAGAGAGAGGAAAAGGACCAGUGUCCUCUUUGUAGACAAGCGGUGGUUCUCGAGGCAACGAGUGCUAAUGUGGACCGAGAGUUGACCAAAUUCAUGAAGACAAAUUUCAAGUCAGAAGUCAAGGCCAAACAAAGGGACAACGAGAUCCAAGCUGGCAUCGACCGGUGGGGAGAACAGUACGAAAAUUCCCAGAAGUGCAGCGUCAUGUAA